GCAGAGGAUACCAUCAUGGAGGUUUCAUCCAAGGAAAAUACUCACUUUUUCUCAAACAACACAAUCUUGCCCGUGGACCGAUCUUCAUUCAAAUCUGAAUCAUCUGCAUCCAAGGAAAAGCAGUCAUGUUGUGGAGGUAUAAAGAUAUUUCUUGGUGCAUUGUCUUUUGUUUAUUUUGCUAAAGCACUGUCAGGAAGUUAUCUAAAAAGUACUAUCACACAAAUAGAAAGAAGAUUUGACAUCCCUUCCUCUUUGGUUGGUGUUAUUGAUGGAAGUUUUGAAAUUGGGAACCUCCUAAUCAUAAUUCUAGUGAGCUACUUUGGAGCAAAGCUUCACAGGCCAAGGAUAAUUGGAGCAGGCUGCUUAAUUAUGUCAGCUGGAACAUUCCUAAUUGCAAUGCCCCAGUUCUUCAUGGGAAGAUACAGGUAUGAAAGAUUCCCUUCCACCAUAAAUUCCACUGUCAGCCUCUCUCCAUGUCUGCAGGAUAAAAGCCAAACUCCACUCUCAGCCCUGGAGAAAUCUCAAGCAAAAAUAAAUGCAGGGUGUGAGAAGGAAGCAGGCUCUUCCAUGUGGAUCUAUGUUUUACUUGGAAACCUCCUGCGUGGAAUAGGUGAAACCCCCAUCCAGCCCCUGGGAAUUGCAUACAUUGAUGAUUAUGCUGUUGAAGAGAAUGCUGCCUUAUAUAUUGGCUGUGUGCAGACAGUGGCAAUUAUAGGGCCAAUAUUUGGCUUUCUCCUGGGAUCCCUGUGUGCCAAACUUUACGUUGACAUUGGCUUUGUGGAUCUGGACAGCGUCACCAUCAGCCCCAAGGACGUGCAGUGGGUGGGAGCGUGGUGGCUGGGCUACCUGAUAGCUGGGCUGAUCAGCAUCCUGGCUGGCAUCCCCUUCUGGUUCCUGCCCAGGCACCUCCCCAGGCCCGAGGGCAGGAAGGACUCCAGCACCUCCUCUGAGCACUCCAGGUUCAUCACUGAGGACAACAGGGACCAAGGCACAUCCUCCUGGCAGCAGGCGAAGAUUGCAGAGUUGGCAAAAGACUUCUUGCCAUCACUGAAGAACCUCUUUGGGAAUCCAGUUUACAUUCUGUAUUUGUGUGCAAGUAUUAUUCAGUUCAAUUCUUUGAUUGGCAUGGUGACAUAUAAGCCAAAGUAUAUUGAGCAACAGUAUGGGCAGACAUCUUCAAAAACUAACUUUGUUAUAGGUCUUAUUAACAUUCCUGCUGUAGCCUUUGGCAUAUUCUCUGGAGGACUGAUCAUGAAGAGAUUUGGAGUCGGUGUUGUGGGGGCUGCAAAGCUUUCCCUGGGAUCGUCUUUCUUUGGUUACCUUUUGCUGCUCUCCUUGUUUGCCAUGGGCUGUGGGAACUCGGAGGUGGCUGGACUGACUGUGUCCUACCAUGGAGCUAAACCAAUGAGUGACCACGAGCAAGCCCUGUUUUCAGAGUGCAACUCAGGCUGCUCCUGUUCCAGGAACGACUGGGACCCCAUCUGUGGGGAGAAUGGAGUUACCUACGUGUCCCCCUGCCUGGCCGGCUGCCGCGCGUCCAGCGGCACCGGGAAAAACACCGUAUUUUUUAACUGCAGCUGUGUGGUGGGAACCUUUGAAUCUUCACAAAGCUCCUCAGCUGUGGUGGGACCGUGUCAAAAAGGAAACGAGUGCCCCAAAAUGUUUCUGUAUUUUCUAGUAAUAUCAGUUAUCACUUCAUACACUUUGUCAGUAGGUGGCACACCUGGAUACAUACUGCUCCUAAGGUGUAUUAAACCCCACUUGAAAUCAUUUGCACUUGGUAUCUAUACCCUGGCAAUAAGAGUACUUGCGGGUAUUCCAGCCCCAGUGUAUUUUGGAGUAGCCAUAGACACCACUUGCCUGAAAUGGGGCAGCAAAAGAUGUGGGGGAAGAGGAGCAUGCAGACUCUAUGACGCCAGUGCACUCAGGUAUGUGUACCUGGGGCUGACUUUGGUCUUGGGCACGGUAUCCAUUUUCUUCAGUGUUGCUGUCCUUUGGGUUCUCCGAAAAAAGUCAUCUCCACAAGAUGAGACCCUCUCAGCCAACGGGGAGAGAGGCGCCUGUGGGACAAAGAGCAGAAAAGAUAAUUUUGUCAAUAGUGACCAGUUUAUUCAGUCAACUUACUGGCCAGAAAAGGAGACCAGGCUUUAGGAAAACUCAGAUCUCCACCGUGCUUUUACCCAGUGAGUGGUGUUCCGGGCUAAAAUCCAUCAUCAGUGAAGCAGUAUCUUAGUAGCCGCCCUGAAAAUGUUCAUCCUCUUGAAAGUUUCACUGUGAACCCCAAAAGCAAA